UCGAGCACCAACGCUCACUAAACUAGGUACGCUGCGGACGAGGCUCGGCUCAGGUUAUACUGCCACAGGCUUGUUCCAACGGAUAUCUGUCCUGCUAGGCAGUUGAGUCAUUGCAUGUUUCGCAGGUCACUUUGAAGGAUCAAUAUGCAUGGCGUCAGGCAUCCAAUGCCAGCGUCGGGUACGACCAAGGAAGCAUCCUGCCAUUCGUUCCUCGACCCUUUCCACUCUGCACAGAAGCUCUCUCAUCUUGCUUCUCUUUCUUCUCAUUUGUGCUUGUCUGCCUGAAUUGUCCCAGCAUACAAGGAGGGCGACCACAUCGCCAUGACUUACAGCAUCUUAAAUCUGCCGCCGGAGCUUGUGGAGAACAUACUGAGCCGGCUGGAGCUUCACGACAUCUGCAACCUUCGUCUUGUUGACCGUACUACCGAGAUUGUUUCUACCCAAGCGCACUUCAAAUCAUUCUGUGAAAGCAAGACUAUACACCUCAGCCAGGAUGCACUUGCCAAAUUCGUCGCGGGAACGAAUCAUAAUCGUCUCGCUUACCUCCUACAAGACCUCCGUCUCGACCCGCCAUCAGAUGACCUAAGUAUCGAGAACGAGGAUGCCACUGAUGCUAAUCUACUAUACUUGGCGUUCCUGUCCAUUCACAAUCAGUCGGAGCAGCGGUGUCUUCGAUCGCUGGACGUAGAGGUGCCUGAAACAGAAACUCUAGAAGCCUCUUUGAAGAAGGUCUACUUUGGUGUCCAGACCAAUUCACGCUACGCUGCUGGUAUUCUUGCUGUCAGAGCUACGCUACGUGCACUCAAAGACAGCGGUCUGCGUGUCGAAAAGCUAAAUCUGCUCUACGACAGUGUGAGAUGUAGCGUGCCCUGUGACGUGUUCGAGAGCCCGGCUGGCUCUGCGCUACCUUCUGCUACCUGGUCCCAUCUUCGUUGCUUGUCGUUAAGCCUGGCAAAUCAUGAAGAGGGUGCCUCAAGCAUCCGCUCGACAUCACCCACAGAGGCUGCUAUACAACGACUCCAGGAUCUAGUCAAUUUCUUCACACUCAUCUCACAUGUUGAAAAGCUUAAUCUGCACUGGUACAGUUCAAGAGGAAUGUCAAGUAGCGACGCCGACCUGAUAGAGUAACAAUGGUUCGAUCAUGUAUCCCAGGCAGUCUCUUUCGACAAUCUCCGAAGCUUGACCUUGCGUGGACUUCACGUUAGCCACUUGGCCUUACAAAAAGUGUUGACGGUGCCCUCUCUAGAACGCGUGCAACUCGAGGAGAUCCAUCUUGGGAAAGAGGGUGCUCUUCGGCCAUUGCUCGACUGUCUGACAGCGCCAAACAGAGCACUAAUUACGUUCUACCUCGACGAUAUAUGGGAGCAUCGUCUAGUGCACUUCCUCAUCAAAGGAACGCCAAAAUUUCCCUCCACAGUGCGGCGACUAGGGACAGAGAUUACUUUGCCCUUGAGAUAUCGUAUAAGCAAUAGCCGGAGUCUUGGCUCGCCCAUGUUGAACAGUUUGAUCAUGCAACGUCGUCGGGACUUCGGAUAAUGUUUUGCAUGGUCUGGAAACACGGUAGUAACGUUUGUAAUCGCAUAUGUCUUUAGAAAGCAUCGCUCAUCAUUCAAU